CCAGCCUAGCUAGCUAGACACGGAGAUGGAGCCCCCACCCAAAAUGCUUGCCUCUCUCAAGAUAACCAUACUGAUGAUGAUGAUGGCCUCCUCUGUCGCACUUGCGUCGGUAGCAGCGGUGCCCGGAGGACAAGCAAGAGCGCUCCUCGUCUGGAAAGCAAGCCUCGACAACCAAAGCCAGCAUGCCCUGCGCUCCUGGGGAAACAUGUCAUCGCCCUGCAAUUGGCGCGGCAUCACUUGCGGUACCGAUGUGCAUCGGCGCCGGCGGCGGCCGGUGAUCAGUGGCAUCUCUCUGCGCGAGAUGCGACUAGGUGGGACGCUGGAGUCCCUCAAUUUCUCAUCCUUGAGGACCCUGACACGCCUCGACCUCUCGCACAACCACAUUGCUAGGAGCAUUCCACCCAGUAUUGAGGUCCUCGGAGAGCUCCGCGCUCUCCUUCUGCAAGGCAACCAGAUAAGAGGCUCAAUCCCACUAGGUCUAGGAAAUCUCACAAAAUUGCGCGUCUUAAUGCUUCAUGAAAAUGAAGUCUCCGGUGAAAUACCAAUGCAUAUAGGCGAUAUGAGUAAUCUUGAGACGCUCAACUUCUCAAUCAAUCACUUAGUUGGUCAUAUCCCUUCUGAAGUAGGCCACCUAAAGCGCUUGGUUAGAUUAGAUUUAUCUAACAAUAAUCUUUCUGGGCAAAUUCCACGAGAACUAAGUUGGUUAUUGCAGUUGGAGAUCUUAGAUCUCGAUAGCAACAUGCUAAUAGGUUCCAUCCCAAAUAGCUUAGGAAAUUUGACAAACCUCACAACCUUGUACCUUCGUGGUAACCAACUUUCUAGGCAAAUUCCAAGAGAACUAAGUUGGUUAUUGCAGUUGGAGAUCUUAAAUCUCGAUAGCAACAUGCUAAUAGGUUCCAUCCCAAAUAGCUUAGGAAAUUUGACAAACCUCACAACCUUGUACCUUCAUGGUAACCAACUUUCUGGGCAAAUUCCACAAGAACUAGGUUAUCUUGAGAACUUAGAGAAGUUCUCGCUUUGGUACAACACACUAACAGGUUUCAUCCCAAACAACAUAGGAAAUUUGACAAAACUCACUAUCUUAUAUCUUCAAGAAAACCAAAUUUCUAGACACAUCCCUCAAGAACUAGGUCGCCUUGUGAACUUAGAGGAUUUGAAGCUUGGUAGUAACGCACUAACUGGUCCCAUCCCAAAUUGCCUAGAUAAUUUGACCAAACUCACAAUCUGGGAUAUUUACGACAACCAACUUUCUGGACACAUCCCUCGAGAACUAGGUUAUCUUGAGAACUUAGAGGAGUUGUGGCUUUGCGACAACACACUAACAGGUUCCAUCCCAUACAGCAUAGGAAAUUUGACAAAACUCACAGCCUUGUAUCUUUACAGCAACCGACUUUCUGGACACAUCCCUCGAGAACUAGGUCACCUGGAGAACUUAGAGGACUUGGAGCUUAGCAACAACGCACUAGCAGGUUCCAUCCCAAACAGCCUAGGAAAUUUGACCAAACUCACAUCCUUGUGUCUUGACAGCAACCAACUUUCUGGACACAUCCCUCUAGAACUAGGCUACCUUGAGAACUUAGUGGACUUGAAUCUUAGAAACAAUACACUAACAGGUUCCAUCCCAAACGGCCUAGGAAAUUUGACCAACUUCUCAACCUUGUAUCUUGACAGCAACCAACUUUCUGGACAUAUCCCUCGAGAACUAGGUUAUCUUGAGUACUUAGAGGAGUUGGUGCUUAGCGACAACCAACUUUUUGGCCACAUUCCCCGAGAAUUAGGUUAUUCAGUCAACUUAGAGUACUUGUCUCUUAGAAAUAAUUCACUAACAGGUCCCAUCCCAAAUAGCCUUGGCAAUCUGACACAUCUUUAUAAAUUGGACUUUGGCCAGAACCAACUUUCUGGGCAAAUUUCAUGAGAAUAGGUUGGUUGUUGAAUUUAGAGUACUCAGAGCUUAGCAACAACACACAAACAGUCUAGAGUAUAUUGUAGAAUUAUCUUUCUGGGACAAGAAGUAGAAGGUGCACCGUCCUCAUCCACCCCUCCGGGCUCCUCCUGCUGCUCCUCUCCCUCCCUCAAGGGACCAAACCCCUGCGCAAGCCGGACCCAUCUCUGACGACUCCAGCUCCACCGCCGUGGUGCUGCUGCACAAGCUCAUUCUCACGGCGGCCGCCACCGCCUCCUCCUCCUAUGCGAUCGUCCUCACCGACGGGUCACUUGACGCCGGCGCCCGGGGCGCUGACCCUCGCCGCCGUCUUCAACAGCCGCGCCACCGACGUCGUCGUCGAGCUCUCCUGCGAGGACGCGCGCCUGGGCCAUCCCCGAAGCGCCGGCCGCGUCCAAGGACAGGGCCGACCUCAGGAGGCUCCUACCCGGGUCCUCCAACCUCGCCUCGCGGCCGCCGGCGUCCCUACGGCGGUCUCGUUCUCAAUGCUCCGGUACUGAAGCUCGGGAACAGGGAUGCCACUGGCCGUGCAGCUUGUACGGUGGAUGUGCAACCCCAGCGCCGCUCGGGCACUGCUUCUGUGCUAAUUAAUGCUGCUUUGCUUAGGGAACGGGAAGAGCGUUCUUCGCGUGGAUCAGGAAGGCAUAGCCAGUUUGUGGCACCGAAGGAAGCAGCGGCCCGGUCACCGCUACGACCCAACCACCUGGGAGACAUGUAGGAGAGCAGGCGCUAGUUAUCAGAGAGCCUGAAGCCUAGUGUGGGUGUUGUGUGUUUUAUUCAGACUAAUGUACCUCUCUUCUCCUCACCUUCUCCCCUCCUCCCCAAUUCCUUCCCCGAUCCUCUUGUAUCAACUCUAAAACUCGAAUUCUGAGGACUGCUGAACGCGACACAUAACAUCACCGCCAUGACAAAAACGUUGUUGAAGAAAUCUUCCAGGGGCUGUGUCAGAAGAAGGGAGGCCUCAGCGAAGGUUUUAACGUCGCACUAGUAGA